AUUACGAGGUUAUGUUUUCAAAACGUGCGAUUUAAACGUGGUCUAAAAUAGUUUAUUAUUAAAAAUACCGAAUAAUGGCUGGUGUGAAAUUAAAGAAACGAACAGAGAAACCUAAAAGCGUCGUCAAAAAAGCUAGCAGCAAAAAAAUCCCGAAGAAAAUCAAUAAAAACAACAUAAAACUAAAUCCCAAAGAAAAGGAAAAGUUAGAAGCCUUAUUAAAUCAGGAUAAUGAAGAAGACGUGCAAUUUUCCAACAAUUCAGACAGCGACAUCGAUUUAGAUGAAAAGUUUAGCGAUGACGAAGAAGAAAUUACCGAAGAAAACUUAGAGAAUGAUGAAAGUGAUGAUAGUGAAAACGAAGCUAGCAAACACAAACAAGAUUUGGAAAAACUCAAAGAAACCGAUCCGGAGUUUUACAAAUUCUUACAAGAAAACGACAAGAAACUCCUAAACUUCAAUCUAUCCGAUGACGAAGAAGAUAAAGAUGAAGGCGACGAUGAAAUUCAUCGACCGGCAGAUAACUUGGCUGUAGCGAGUGAUGAAAGCGACUUCGAGAAUGAAGAUGAAGACGGUGACGAACGGAAAGACUCCAGAGUAAUCACUCAUAAAAUGCUAAGAGCUUGGCAAACGGAUAUACAAACCGAUAAAAGCUCGAAAACAAUUACAACACUUAUCGAUGCUUUCCACGCUGCUUUGCAAAGAAUCUCCAGCGAAGAAGAUAAUGAACCGGCUUAUUACAAAGUCGAUGGUUCUGCUGUUUUUAACGGAGUAAUUCAACUUUGCGUGCUCGAACUAGGACCGGCCGUAAGGCGGUUUCUGAGGCUCGAACAGGGCUCCAAACAACCGCCCCACAAAUGCAAGAAAUUCAGCAAAAUAAAGAACAAUUUAAAGUUGUAUUUCACGGAUAUACUAAAGCUUCUAUCGGGAGUGACUUCUUCGAACAUCCAAACCGUCCUGCUGAAACAUCUGCACUACAUGUCCUCUCUUCUGACUUCGUUCCCCAACAUCACGAAAUCCAUAACGAAGCGACUGAUCCAAUUGUGGGGCACGUCGGAGGACAACGUUCGAGUGCUGGCCUUUUUCUGCGUACUGCGAACAACCAACAAUCAACACUCGUUCUUGAUCGACACGGUUUUGAAAUCGAUGUACAUGACUUACGUGAAGAAUUCCAAGUUCGUGAGCUUGAAAUCCCUGCCGGGGAUCAACUUCAUGCGGAGAUCUUUGGUGGAAAUGUUCGCAUUAGACGCGAAUUACGCCUACCAGCACGUGUUUUUGUACAUAAGACAACUGGCUAUUCAUCUGAGGAACGCCAUUACCGUGAACAAGAAGGAAAACAUCCAGGCCGUUUACAAUUGGCAGUUCGUAAACUCGUUGAAAUUAUGGGGGAAUUUAUUAAGUGUCACUUAUAAUAAGGAAAUAAUGAGGCAAUUGAUUUAUCCGUUCGUGCAGGUUUGCAUCGGUACAAUUAAAUUGGUACCGACUUGCCAGUAUUACCCGUUGAGGUUCCACGUGGUGCAGAUAUUGAUGGAUUUGAGUAGAGAAACUGGAGUUUUUAUACCGAUAUUGCCGUUUUUAUACGAAGUGUUGACUUCCGUAGAUUUCAAUAAGAAGCACAAGAAAGUAUCGAUGAAACCCCUCCAUUUCACCUGCUUAUUAAGAUUAUCGAAGUCCCAACUACAAGAAAACGGUUACAAAGACAUGCUAAUCGAAACCGUAUACGCACUGGCAUUGGAGUAUUUAAGUUCGCAAUCGCACACUUUAGGAUUCCCCGAUUUAAAUCUCUAUUCGAUAAUACAGCUCAAGAAGUUCGUGAAGACCUGCAAGAAUCCGAAUUACAACAGGAAAUUCAAGCAGCUGUUGGAGAAGAUCGAGCAAAACUCCAAGUUUGUGGAGAAAGAACGGUCGAAGUUGAAUCUGAACCUCAACGAUUUCAAGCAAAUCGACGGGUGGCAGGCGCAAAUCAAGGAGAAGAAACCUCCGCUGACCGUUUACUACGAAAACUGGGACAAAUUGAGGACGGUGAAGAAGAACAAACAGUUGACGUCUAACGAUGAAUUGGCCGAUUACAAUCUGCCUGUAUUGAAGAGAAGCAAGAAGGAAACUGCGAGAAGCGAAGGACCGGUCGAGCUGUUUCCCAGCGAUUCGGAGGACGAAGAAACCGCCGAUGUCAAACCGAAAAGGGGGAAAAGAGCGGGGAAAAAGUACAACAAAACCACCUUCGAUAGUACCACAAACGAAAUCGAUACUAGUAAUGUUAAAGAUAUCGUACAAGAUAUCAACGAAGAUGAUUGGUAAUAAAAUUUUUAUUCACUAAAAUCACAGUCAACAUUUUCUAUAUUCAGUACGAAUUCGUAGGACUUUAUGUUGCGUACGAUGAUACUGUUAUGUAAACAAACAAAAACUGUCAAAUAUGACACGAAUGUCAGUUCGUUAAAAGAGUUGCGAAAUGGUAUAGAUAUUACAAUUAUUGUACCAAGCUUAAAAUAUCCCUCUUCAUCGCGACAUUCUCGUUUUCUUCAGGCUUCGAACUCUUGGUUAGAUUUUCUUUCGGUUCCACUUUUUUGGCUAAAAUGACGGGUAACGGGGGAAGUACCGAAUCGUUCUUACUUUUGAUCGAAUCGAUUUUGUUGUUCGAUUCUUUGCUCUUGAUUUCCAAGCCGGCUCGAUCCAAUCGAGAACUCAACUGUUGGAUUUCCGUUUGCAAAUUCACGGCGCUCUUCUCGAAUUCCUUGCUGUUGUUCUUCGCGGCCAGCUUCGAUUCUUUGUGUUCUAUACCUUUUUUCAAAUCGUCUACGACUUUCUUGCUGUCCUCCCCUUCGCUGAUUUUCUCUAUGGCUUUCAGAGCUAUGCUUUCGAUCUCCUUUACCGCCUUCAUUUUCUCCUUUUUGACCUCGUCGAUUUUCUUAUCGGCCUCCUUCUUCUGCUGCUGUUGCUUGAAGACCUCCAACAGCUGCUUUUGCUGCUCGACGAUUUCCUUUUGCACUUCGUUCUGCUUCUGGAUGGUGUCGAUCAGUUGCUUGUGGUCCUUGUCGAGGUCCUCUUUAGGGGAUUCCCUCGUCUCCGGCGGCUUUUCCGGCUUUUCCUUUUUGACGGGUUCCUUUAUCGCGAGUUGUUCUUCUUUGUCUUCCUUUCGCUCGAGCUGUUCCUCUUUGUCUUCCUUUUUGAUCGCUUCGAUGUCCACCGUGUCGUUGAUUUGAUUGCGAUCGAUUUUGUUCUUGAUCGGGGGCGGUUUUAAUUCUUCGACGGGCUCGACAGGUUGGGGUGGUUCGUGUCUGACGUCUUUCACUCGAAUUUCUUCGAUUGGCUUCUCCUCUACAGGGGGGUGGUUGUUUUCGUUUUUAACCGGUUGAAGAGGCACCGGUAUGGCUUGGUUAAUAGCCGUAGGGGCCACUUUAGGGAAGGAUUUCACUUCGAAUUUCUCUGGUAAGUGUUUAAUCUCGAUGUUAUCGACCUUUUGGAUGUUUUUGUAGGUUCCCACUACCAUAACGAACACCCCGAUUGCUAGUAGUAUUUGAGCGACGAUCCGUUCGUUGGUGUUUUUUUGCGAAAUACAUAUGAAGCUCGUCACUGGGAAUAAAACGCAAAUGAUUAUACCGAUAGUGGAGCCUACCAAGCCUAGCACUAGCUCUAUAUUAGGUAUUAGUAUCGCUAUAACCAGAGAUACGGAUACGAUGAGCAACGUGAGGGCUUUGAAUUUCCCUUCGGGUAUGUAAUUGGUGUUUCCCUCGUGGAUCGUGUAGCCUUCUUUGAACAACAACGAGUACAAACUCGCCCUGCAAGGGAAAAUCACGAGAGGGAAACUGAACGCGACGGAAAACACGAAUCCCACUUUCAACACGUGCGUCAUUAAGCUCGGCUCGAAACUCAACAGAACGUUACCCGUGAAAGGCUUAUUGGAAAAAGCGAUGUAACCGAAAGCCCCCACGCAAAUGUACACCCCCGUGCAAACGUUCACGGCCGAUUUGAUCACGCCGUUCAUUUUGUCCAGCGUCGGAUUCGGCACCACUUCGUAGAUCUCGAACAGCUGCGUCUGACAGAACAAGGCCAUCGAGAAUAUCGGGAUGCAUUGUAAAAUCCCCUGCGGUCGCCAUAAAUUCACUUGCUUGUACCAAUCGUCUUCGAACAAACGCGGCAGGGCUUCCACGAUCACUUUUAAUAUCAGAAAACAGUAAAAUACCAUCGUGGCCUUCGAUACGCCUGUUAGACUGCGAACGUUCCGCAGCAAGCCCAACGGUAGGAUAAUCAGCAGCGCUAGGGACAUCAAGAUGGUGGUGUGCAUGGUGCCGGUUAUGCGGGUUUUCGUUAUUUCGGUCAGAAUGACGGGACACAAGUCUCCCAUUACUACGAAGUAAGUAAUGCAAGUGCCCAGCAGGAAACCGAUCAUACCGAUCUCUACUAUCAAUUUUCCCGGUCCCCCGAACAGGUGAAACGCAAGCAGUUCGAACGUUUUUCUUCUCGAUAUUAUGGCGGAUUUCAGCAGGAAAUGGCAGGUUAAUCUCGAGGCUACGCUGCUCAACAACAGGAGCACUAUCGAUAGAAUUAUUCCGCAUUGUUUGAAGCAGUAGGGCAUCGCUAGCACGCUCGCUCCUAUUAUGCUAUUCGCUAAAUUCAUCACGUAUCCGUUGAAAGUUUCCAUUUUAAUUGGUUUUUAGUAGUUUUCUCGAAAAUAACGUAAUGAAAACAUAUUGUUUGUAAGUGAGGUUACA